AUGGGUCGUAAUAGAGUCCUGUCCUUCAUGUCCCAAUUUUCUGGCACACCCAGGGACGCCGACAAGAAUCAACCAACUCCAAAUUCGUCACCCCCCCACGACUCGACGACACCUUUUCCUCCGUACAACCUCAAGUCGCAACCACCACCACCGCCGGCGCACCAGAAAACGGAACCCUUCCCAGAGCCUCCCUCCAGUUUUGGCCAGCGCCCCGCAACCCCUACUUCGCCGGCACGUCCACCCUCCGAAUAUGCGUCAUCGCCAGCCAACGGAACUGCCAACAGCUCGCCCGUAAAUAGCCCCAGAUCCGUCACCGGCCGACAACGCAGCUCCUCCCGCCCACUUUCGAUGGUAAUGCCAUACCAGCCGCCCCUCAUGGAUAUCAACGAAGAUACCAUUCCCGAGCUCCAGCCCAUCUUCACCUUCCUCAACAGCCAUGCGAACAAGCUGUAUCAGGAGGGCUACUUCCUAAAGUUGGACGACCAAAAUACCCAGGGGAAACCCAAUGCAGACCGCACAUGGACUGAAUGCUUCGCCCAGCUUGUCGGCACUGUUCUGUCGCUAUGGGAUGCCGCCGAAUUAGACGCCGCUGGCGAGGACGGCGAGAUUCUUCCAAAAUUCAUCAACUUGACGGACGCGUCCAUCAAAAUGAUCGAAUCCCUACCGACACGAUCCAACGAUGAGCAGCCACUGCAGAACAUCCUGAGCAUCUCAACUGCCGGUAGAAAUCGCUACCUGCUGCAUUUCAACUCUCACCACUCGCUGAUACAAUGGACCGCCGGCAUCAGACUCUCCAUGUACGAGCAUUCGACGCUGCAAGAGGCCUACACGGGUGCCUUGAUCGCCGGCAAGGGCAAGUCUCUCAACAACAUCAACUUGAUCAUGGAUAGAUCAAAGUUCAAGACGGAGGAGUGGGUGCGCGUGCGCUUUGGCGCUGGAGUUCCCUGGAGACGCUGUUGGUGCGUCAUAUCCCCGCCCGACGAAAAGGAGUACGCAAAGGCACAGAAGGAGAUGCGCAAGAAGUCGCCCUACGACCGCUCCACGCCUACCCUCAAAGGAGACAUCAGAUUCUACGAUACCAAGAAGGACGGCAAGAAGCAGAAGAAGGCCCGCCCUAUUGCCACAAUUACCGAUGCCUACUCGUCGUACGCUAUCUACCCGCAGACCAAAUCGCUGAUCGAUGCGUCCACCCUGCUGAAGGUCGAGGGCAACAUCACCAUCCACUCCGAGCCGCCUUCGUCGACAGAGGGCUUCGUGUUUAUCAUGCCCGAAACCCACCCUGCCGUGAGCGGUUUCGAGAUGCUGCUGCGCUUCCUCUUCCCCACGUGGGAUACCUUCGGCCUCUACGGCCGCCCCGGCAGGCUCGUCGCCAGUGUUCUGGACCCGAGGUCCCUCAUGUUUGCCAUGCCCAAGCAUCGAAGAUACGGGUACCUCGAGAUUCUCGACGUUGCCGGACUGAUCUUGGAAGAAGGGAGCUCGUCCUGGUCGGAGCGUGAGUGGCGUAAGAAGCUCAAAGAGCUCACCGGUAAGCGGAUGAAUGCCGUCGAUGAGAGCCAAGGCGCUCGUCAAAGAAGUGGAAGCAAGAAGAGCAACCGUCUCAGCUUCGGCAACGGCACCUCAAGCCCUGUUCCGGUCAAGCCUAGAGUGGGCUUUGCUGACGAUGCUGUUUCCAACCGUUCGUCUCGAUCCAUGUCUUUGGGCACGCCUAACCGCUCAGAAACGGCUCCCGUCACAACUUCACGUGCGCCCCCCCCUCUGCUGGCAGGCAUAAACAAGGCACACCAUGCUCGCAAUUCUUCAGACCCUCACCUGCUAGGCCAUACACCGCUGCAGCAGCGCACCCAAGACGGUGGCUACGACAGCUCCCACAACACCUCAUACAACAGCUCACCUGCACGUGGCCCUACCCCAGUCAGGGGUGUUCUUCGCUCAGGAACCCAGAGCUCAGAGGAGGACACUGCGCGCAGCACCCCAGUGCGUGAGAUUGAGGGAAGUGUGCGGAACAUGGACUCACCAGAGCCUGUUGCUGCGCCGCCUGCUUUCAAUCACGGUCCUAACUCCAAGCCUGCUGGCAAACCUUACCAUUCCCCAGAUCUGCGCAGGGCCACCACUCGCUUGUCCAACACGACCCUGACCCAGUUGACAAAAUCUGGAGGAUUUGUGAUCCCUCCCGACAGCCCUUCUGAUGCCUCAUCAGAGCGUAGAAGCGGAGAGGCGACUGCACCACCAAACCCAUUGGUACAUCCUCAAGCCAAUCCUGUAGGAGGCACUGCUAACGAAACUCUGUCUCGUGAAGCUCUGACCCCUAACCCAACCCCUCCCCCCUCCGGUGGUCUGCCGCCCCCUAUUCCGCCCAUGAACCAGAAGCGUUCCCGAUCGCCCCUUGCCCAGCAGUCGUUCGGGCCCCCAAGCCCUCAUCUCCAGGGCCCUAUGCCUCCCCAUCCCGAAGUCCGUGAUCACCAAGAUGCGAACGGCCCUCCCCUAAUUGAUGAUUGGAGAGGUCCCCAACAGAUGAGGAGUCCUGCCGAGGGCCAGCAUCCUCACUUUCCUCAGCAACAGAUUCGCCCUCAGCCGUCCUUCAGCAACUUUUCCCGGCCAGAGGGAGCUAGGACGCCCCCUAUCGGCGGACCGGGCCGAGUACCUACUCCAGAGAUGCGGAGCCGCGGCGUCAACGCCCAAGUUAUGGGCCCGCCGCCUCCUUCGCAUCAGUCUAGAGACCCUCGCGUACAGGGCCGCGGUAUUCCGCUCCCCGGUAUCGACACGAACUCUGCGUUUCAACGCAAACCACUUCCAGCUCGCUCGGACAGCCUGAGGAGCCCUCAGGAUACGCCCCUAUCAGCGUCCAGUGGCGGUAGCUGGGGUAACAACAUUAUCGACCAAGCGGGUUUCCAGCAGGUUCAACCCCGCGAUCCCCGACAGCGUACGCCAUUGCCCGAGCAACAGGUUCACAGAGUGCAGACACAAAGAAGCGACGCCAGCUACUACGACGACGCAUCGUCGACUGCCAGCCCAGACUACGCCAGCCGCAAGUCGAGUGAGACGCAGCGUUCCCAGAAGUCUUUCGAACGGCCCAGAGCUGGUGUUUUAAAGACUGUGGGUGGCGCAGAAUCACCCCACUCAGACAUGAACAUUCCUGACAUCAACUUUGGUCCUACGGUCAACUACGCUGCUAGUCAACCUGCCAGGAACAAGACACCGACACCCUUGAACUACCAGAGUGGCGUGCCGGGCCUGCAGCGACCCUUUUCUCCGGCCGAGGCUAUUCCUCCCCCGCACGACCAAGGACACAGCCGACAGGAUUCUGAGGAUACGGUCAGAAAGGUCGCCUGGCAACCCGGCGCCGCCGCCGUGUCAACCGGUCAGGGCAUCAGCCCAGAGCAGUUUGUGCAGCAGCGUGCCGCCCAGGCCACCACUUCUAUGUAUGCCCACGGCCGGACGCCUUCGGGCAACAUUCUGACGAUGCGAUCAAUGACCCCUACUCCUUCCAUGAACCGAAGAGGCUCUUCAGAGAUGCUCGCUCGCCACUCCCGCAGUAUUUCGGUGGACCUCCUGCAGCGUCCCAGCUCUCGUGGUGCCAAUACGAUUCUCGACACUGCCAGCAGUGGUGAGGUUUCGUCGCACCUUUCGGCUCGCGAGCAAGAGCACGUGGCACGCAUGACGGGCUCGCCCCUCAUCACUGUGGCCGGCAACCGAAACGGCCAACAGAGCCAACCGGGGGCGGGCCUGGUAGGUGCGAUCCACGCCCGCGAGCGCGAGAGACAGCAGGCCAAGCAGGGCAUGAACACGCAAGCAGUGCAGCAAGCCAUCAACCAGCGGCAACAACAACAGCAGGCCUUGGUCUACCAACAGCAGAUGCAACGACAGCAGCAACAGCAGGCCUACCAGCAGCAGCAACAACAACAACAACAACAACAACAACAACAACAACAACAACAACAACAACAACAAAUGUACGCUCAACAACAGCACCAGCAGCAGUACCAGUACCAGCAUCACCAGCAACCCAUGUCCCCUCAGGGCAUGUAUGCUCAGAGCAACAUGUCUCGCGGCCAGAUGGGACCCCCUCGAGGGCAGCCCAGCGGCUACGGUGCCGGACCCGCGCCGAACUUUGGUUACGGCCAAGGAAGUAGCUAUGGGCCAACGAGCAACUACGGUCAAGCUGGCGGUUACAGCCAGGGAGGCGGCUAUGCCAACCCGAUGGCGAUGCGGCAGGGUCGUCAGUCGCCUGGGCCCCAGAUGAUGGACCCUCGGUUUAUGCCGCAGGGCCCCUAUUCCCCGGGGUCUCAACAAGGCGGACGAGGCCAAAACUACCCGGCUCAGUACCAAGGACAGGGGCAGGGACAAGGACAAGGACAGGCGUUCUAG